CUCUCCGCCCCCUGCCUCCAGCUUGUCCCAAGCCCGCCUGUCCCCAGUGUGGAGGCAGGACAGUGAAGAGUGCGAGAGUGAAGCCCUGGGCUCCAGCAUCUGCCCCUCCCCUGCCCACCAUGGGGCGCGGCCAGCCGAGGCUGGAGUUUGGAGUUUGACCUGCUCGGAGGCCCUCUCAGCGUGGGCAUAUAGAACGGAGAGUCACCACUGUCCUCUGAAGCUCUGGGCUACAAGAAGAGAGGGAGACCCCAGGCUCACAGCCAUUUCUGCCUCCUUCUGCCUCAGAAGCCACCAGCAGCCCCAGAGCCGGUGAGCCCUGUGUCUACAAGGAGCCAGAGGGUUCGUUCAGGACCAUGGAGAGCAGCCCCAGCAGCCCUCAGCCUCCACAGUCAGAUCCCCAGGAGGCAUUUCCCGGGAAGAGCCUGGAGCCAGGGGACAUCGCUGUGCUGGUUCUGUACUUCCUCUUCGUCCUUGCUGUUGGACUAUGGUCCACAGUGAAGACCAAAAGAAACACCAUAAAAGGCUAUUUCCUGGCUGGAGGGGACAUGUCCUGGUGGCCAGUGGGUGCAUCCUUGUUUGCCAGCAAUGUUGGAAGUGGGCACUUCAUUGGCCUGGCAGGGUCGGGUGCCGCCACGGGCAUUUCUGUAACUGCCUAUGAGCUGAAUGGCUUGUUCUCCGUGCUGAUGUUGUCCUGGAUCUUCCUGCCUAUCUACAUCGCUGGUCGGGUCACCACGAUGCCAGAAUACCUACGGAGGCGCUUCGGCGGCAGCAGGAUCCCCAUCACCCUGGCUGUUCUCUACCUGUUCAUCUACAUCUUCACCAAGAUCUCGGUGGACAUGUAUGCAGGCGCCAUCUUUAUUCAGCAGUCUUUCAACCUGGAUCUGUACCUGGCCAUAGUUGGGCUGUUGGCCAUCACAGCUCUGUACACAAUAGCAGGUGGCCUGGCUGCUGUGAUCUACACGGAUGCUCUGCAGACUCUGAUCAUGCUGAUAGGAGCACUCAUCUUGAUGGGCUACAGUUUUGCUGCGGUUGGCGGGAUGGAAGGCCUGAAGGAGAAGUACUUCUUGGCCCUGGCUAGCAACCGGAGUGAGAACAGCAGCUGCGGGCUGCCCCGAGAAGACGCUUUUCAUAUUUUCCGAGAUCCACUGACGUCUGAUCUUCCGUGGCCAGGAGUCCUGUUUGGAAUGUCCAUCCCGUCCCUCUGGUACUGGUGCACGGAUCAGGUGAUUGUUCAGCGGACUCUGGCUGCCAAGAACCUGUCCCAUGCCAAAGGAGGCUCUCUGCUGGCUGCAUACCUGAAGGUGUUGCCCCUUUUCAUAAUGGUGUUCCCUGGUAUGAUCAGCCGUGUCCUAUACCCAGAUCAAGUGGCUUGUGCAGAUCCGGAAAUCUGCAAGAAGAUCUGCAGCAACCCCUCUGGCUGUUCGGACAUCGCGUAUCCCAAACUUGUGCUGGAACUCCUGCCCACAGGGCUCCGUGGGCUCAUGAUGGCUGUGAUGGUGGCGGCUCUCAUGUCCUCCCUCACCUCCAUCUUUAACAGUGCCAGCACCAUCUUCACCAUGGACAUCUGGAAUCAUCUCCGGCCUCGGGCAUCUGAGAAGGAGCUCAUGAUUGUGGGCAGGGUGUUUGUGUUUCUGCUGGUGCUGAUUUCCAUCCUCUGGAUCCCAGUGGUGCAGGCCAGCCAGGGUGGCCAACUCUUCAUUUACAUCCAGUCCAUUAGCUCCUACCUGCAGCCUCCUGUGGCUGUGGUCUUCAUCAUGGGAUGCUUCUGGAAGAGGACCAAUGAAAAGGGUGCCUUCUCAGGCCUGGUCUUGGGCCUGUUACUAGGUUUGAUUAGGCUGGUCCUGGACUUUAUUUACGUGCAGCCUCUGUGUAACAAGCCAGAUGAACGGCCAGCUGUGGUGAAGAACAUCCACUACCUCUAUUUCUCCAUGAUUCUGUCUGCAGCCACCCUGGUCACUGUGUCCACUGUGAGCUGGUUCACAGAGCCACCCUCCAAGGAGAUGGUCAGCCGCCUGACCUGGUUCACGCGUCAUGACCCCAUGGUCCAGAAGGAAGAACAGGUGCCACCAGCAACUCCACUGCCUCUGAGCCUCUCUCAGAAUGGGACACCAGAGGCAAACAGCACCAGAAUCCAGUUCGAUGUUCAAGAAAACAUGUCCAGAAACCACAGCUGUGAUGUGAGCCCAAAGCGGUCCAAAGUGGUGAAGGUCAUCUUGUGGCUCUGUGGAAUGGAGAACAAGGCCAUGGAGGAGCCCUCAAGCACAGCGGAAGCCGUCAUAGUUUCCCUGGAAGAAAACCCCCUUGUGAAGACCCUCCUGGACAUCAACCUCAUCGUCUGCAUCAGCUGUGCCGUCUUUCUCUGGGGCUACUUUGGUUAAUGGGGGUGAACCCAGGCAGGGGUCCAAGAUCUUCAGUGCCCUAUUUUUUUUUUUUAAUGAAAGAAAAAAUAAUAAAGCUUUUGUUU